CACAAGACGGGGACGGUGGCGGCAACGGUGGCAGCGUUGCCAGUAGUAGCAGUAGCAGCAGCGGUAGCGGCCUUGACGCGGAGUGGGAGCGGCGGCGGCUGCUGCUGUCCGCCCCCUCCGGCACGGUCCCUGUGAUGCUGGAGGCGGACAAGCUGUGGAAGCUGGGCUUCACGGGGAAGGGAGUGCGGGUGGGUAUCUUCGACACCGGCAUCCGCCCCGACCACCCGCACAUCCGCCACAUCACGGAGCGCACCAACUGGACGCACCAGGACUCCCUCAGCGACGGACUGGGGCACGGCUCAUUCGUGGCGGGUGUUGUGGGCGGCCAGGACCCGCAGUGCCCCGGCUUCGCUCCCGACGUGUCGCUGCUCACCUUCAAGGUGUUCACGGACGACCAGGUGUCGUACACCAGCUGGUUCCUGGAUGCGUUUAAUUACGCUAUCAUGGUCAAGGUCCACGUCAUCAACCUGUCCAUAGGCGGUCCCGACUUCCUGGACCAGCCCUUCGUGGAUAAGGUUCUGGAGGUCACCAGCAACGGUAUUCUGUUGGUCAGCGCCAUCGGCAACGACGGGCCGCUGUACGGCACCCUCAACAACCCCGCCGACCAGAAUGACGUCAUCGGGGUGGGCGGCAUCGACAACUGGGACAACAUUGCGGGGUUCAGCAGCAGGGGCAUGAGCACCUGGGAGCUGCCCCGCGGCACGGGGCGAGUGAAGCCCGAUGUGAUGGCGUACGCCAAGGACGUCAUGGGGUCCAAGAUCCAGAGCGGCUGCAGGGCGCUGUCGGGCACCAGUGUUGCCUCCCCGGUGGUGGCGGGCGCCGUGUGUCUGCUGGCCAGCACCGUGCUGCCGGAGGAGGGGCGCUGGCGGCUGCUCAACCCGGCCUCCAUGAAGCAGGCGCUGGUGGAGGGGGCGGUGCGGCUGCCGGGGCUGAACCUGUACGAACAGGGCAACGGGCGCAUCAACCUGCCCAACAGCAUGGUCAUACUGCAGUCCUACCGCCCGCGCGCCUCCGUCAUCCCCUCCCAGCUGGACCUCACCGACUGCCCCUACAUGUGGCCCUUCUGCAGGCAGCACCUGUACGCAGGCGCCCUGCCCGUCAUGUUCAACGCCACGCUGCUCAACGGGCAGGGUGUGGUGGGCCGCCUGGAGCGCCCCCCCACCUGGCUGCCGGCGGACGAGGGCGGCCGGCUGCUGCACCUCUUCUUCGAGUGGAGCGACACACUGUGGCCCUGGUCGGGCUACCUGGCGCUGUACAUACGUGUACGGCAGGAGGGGGCGUCGUACGAGGGGGAGGCGAAUGGGGUGGUGGAGGUGGUGGUGGUGUCGCCGCCGGAGCCGGGGGAGGAGGCGCCCAGGAGGUCGGUGGUCCGGCUGCCCCUGCGCGCGCGCAUCGCCCCUCCGCCCCCCCGCUCCCGCCGCAUUCUGUGGGACCAGUUCCACUCGCUCAAGUACCCGCCCGCCUACCUGCCGCGGGACAAUCUGGACAUCAAGAACGACAUCCUGGACUGGCACGGCGACCACCCGCACACCAACUUCCACGGGAUGUUCAACAUGCUGCGAGACAAGGGGUAUUUCCUGGAGAUCCUGGGCUCGCCGGCGACGUGUUUUGACCCGACGCAGUACGGGGCGUUGUUGGUUGUGGAUUCGGAGGAGGAAUGGUACCCCGAGGAGGUGUCAGCGCUGGAGGCGGCUGUGCGGCUGCACGGACUGAGCCUGCUGGUGUUCGCGGACUGGUACAACGUGCCAUCCAUGGAGCAGAUGCGUUUCUUCGAUGACAACACCCGCAGCUGGUGGACUCCCGCCACGGGAGGGGCCAACGUACCCGCUCUCAACGACCUGUUAGCGCCGUACGGCAUUGAGCUGGGGGAUGCCGUACUGCAUGGUACGGCGACCGUAGCAGGCGGGCGAGUGGACAUCAGCCACGGAGCUGACAUCGCCCGCAUGCCCGCAGGCGGCUGGCUGCACAAGGCGCCCCUAGGCGACGCAGCACGCAAGGGCCCCCCCUCGUCGCAGCAACACGGUUUCCUGGGCGAAGUGACCCACGGGUCGGCCGGGGGCCACGUGGUUGUGUUUUCCGACAGUAACUGCCUGGACCGCUCUCACAUGAGCCACAACUGCUACGACCUGCUGCUGCGGCUGCUGGGGCGGGUGGCGGAGGGGCAGCGGGGGGUGCUGGGGGAUGCGGUCAAGCUGUCCGCCCCCUACCUGACCCCCGCCUACAACUACAGCCGCCCCGCCCGGCGCCCCCCCUCCGAGUACAACUUCACACGCGUGUCGUACGUGCUGAGUCACCCGGGGCCGCCCACCUGCUUCCCCAACGCGGCGUGCGAGAAGCAGCCGGGCGACCCAGCGUGCCAGGCCCUACUAGCGGACGAUGCGAGGGCCAGAGCAGCAGCAGCCAAUGCCUCAAAACGAGGAUCCAUCCUCCUGAACAGUGGAAAUCUCAAUAACAAUGGCAGCAGCAGUGUUGGCAACGGCGGCGUGGGUCAGGUGUUGCUUGUCCACCCAGACGGUUCCGGAAUCGGAGGGGCAGUACCCGGAUCCCGACCGCUAACGGUAACGGUAACUCCCAUGCGAUUGAGUUUGGGAUCCGUUGUGCUCGGUUUCUUGGUCGUACUGAGUUUGUUAUUGCCGGUUGCGUUGUGGGUGACGUUGCGGGUACGAGCGGG